ACGCAUUUGACCAAUUCGAAAUUCAUGAGUAGGCAUUUCUCUUUCAGAUUUUCUGGAGGUUAUGUCACUACAGAGACUGGUAUGGAUUAGCUAGCAAGAUCUUAACAGAUGUCUGUAUACUUCGACUUGCAUUGUGCAUGUCUGUACAAUUUAAAAGUUGAGCGCUUUGUCCUAGCUAAAGAACAUAGCAGGGUGUUACAGUACAGCGAGCAACAUGGCUGAGGACAGCGAGUGGGUCGUGGAAAGCAUUGCAGGAUACUUGGGAAGUCCUGAAUGGGUUGUUCCCGUUACAGACUUCAUGGAAAACAAAUGCACAGUUUUUGAUGAUGAAGAUGAAAACAAAUUGACGUACACAGAAAUCCACGAGCAGUACAAGCACUUGGUGGAAAAGUUGUUAGAGACCUACAUGCAGGAAGUUGGCAUAAAUGAGCAGCAGUUUUUGGCGGCAUGCUCUUCCCCUUUUGCUCAGUCCAAGACCCUACAGACUGUGUUCCAACCAGUUGUAGCCACUGAUGACUUCCAGAUGUUCCGCUCCCUGAUGGUGCAGAAGAACAUGGAGCUGCAACUCCAGGCCCUCCGAGUCAUCAAAGAGACGAACGGAGCCCUGCCUGAGUGUCUGACCGACGGGCUGGAUGUGAUGACUGAGCUGGAGCAGCAGGAGAUGAAGAUCCUACAUGAGGUGCUGAGAAGGUCAAAGGAAGAGUAUGAAGAGGAAAUGUCUCGAAAACUGCUACUGGAAGAGGAGAUUGGCUCCACUUCCAGCAGCUGUGCUGAUAGGCCGGUUCCAGAGCCCGUCAAUGUCCGUAAUCCCGCCCCGACUCUGCAAACAAACACCACCGAGCCCUUGGCUGAGGGGAGCGGGGCUGCUACCCAGCCUCCAGCCCCUGUCCCUCUUGUGAAUGGAAACUGCACGAUGAACGGUGCCCCUCAGAAGAAAGCGGCGGAAAAGUCAGGGGGAGCCGAAGGACAGAAGAGUUCAGCCAAAACAGGUACAUCCGGCCACUGUAAACAAACAGAGUCGACCUGUGGAGCCGUGGAGUCCAAGGUUCUUCCAGCAGUCAGAGCUCCAGUGAAGGGUACUGACCCUCCGGUCAGCUCCAGGGACAAGACCAGCAUCUCCAGCAGCCAGGCAGCAGAGGGCUGGAUAGAGGCGGCCCGCCAGGAAGCAGGCAUUUCCAAGCCAUAUACUGAGCUGUCCAUGGCCCAGCAGGAACAGCUCCAGCAGAGGGCGCUGUACCUGCGGCAGCAGAGAGACAAGCUGCAAGCGCUGAAGAAGGAGCAGAGACCCAAAUCUGUCACGCCAGAGGAACCGCCAGCAACCCCCGCCCCCGCUCCGACCACACCGGAGGGGGGUCCCCAGAGGAACGGGGCGGUUGGUACGGGUACUGUCUCUCCCUCACAGCCCGGCCACUCUCCUGGGGGGGGGCACAAGCCGAAGGAGAUCUCAGUGGAGGAGAAGAAGAAGCUGCAGAAGAGGAAGCACCUGGCUGAGAAGCUGAAGGAGGAGGUCAUCAAGAAAUAACACUGACCUGCAACUGUGCAUACGUUUAAAGAGCAACUGUAGUCUUACCAGGACUGAGAGCACCAGAGCUGAGGGACUAUGUGCUUAAGAAGGGGCCAAUGGAUGUUUGUAUCGUAAGAAUGCAGUAUUUAAAAUCAGUCUUAAAGGGUAUAAUAAUGCACCAACUGUAAUAUGAUGUAUGCAGUUUAAUAAAUACAAUUUUAUACA